AUGCCUGUGGGACCAGGAAUACUCAGUUGGCCGUUCCCCCCAGAAGAAAAUGAGUACGUCCACACGCCGGACGAAAAAUACGACGCACUUGUGCAUCAUUUUGUGUACAACAAGACGUGGCUACAGAGCAAGUUUCCUCCGGAGACAAAGUAUAUAUCUAUAAUAAGACAACCAUUCAGUCAUCUCAAGUCUCAGAUUAAUUACUUCCACCUCCCAAAGGCCCUUGGCAUACAGCAUACUAAGAAUCCAGUGAAAAAGUUCCUGAAGGACCCCUGGCGGUACAGGAACGGGUCUGAGACAUUCUUCCCUCACGUGAACAUCACGUGGGACGGGACCAGGAACCCCAUGACCUUUGAUAUGGGGUGGCCGGCCGAGAGGGCAGAUGAUGAAGAGGAAGCUCGCAAGUACAUCAGUCAGUUAGACGCUGACUUCACUCUCGUGAUGAUCCUAGAACAUUUGGACGAAUCUGUCGUUCUUCUGAGGCGUUUGAUGUGCUGGGAACUCCGAGACGUUUUGUUUUACUCUAAGAGUAAAAACUCGCGCCCUUACUUGUACAAGACGUACAUGGCAUCAGCAACAGAAUUGGAGAACCACCGUAGCUGGAGCGCCGUGGAUUAUUUGCUGUACAACACGUUCAACAACUCACUAUGGCGAAAAAUCAACGCCCAGGUAACCGAAAUACAAGAAUACGCCAAAUAG